AUGUCAAAGUUUGGCGCUCAUGAUGAAAUUCUGGUUGACUUCUUGUCAGAUUCUGUAUCGCAAGACACCGCUCAACCGCCGAUGAAGAUUGUCGACCGUGCAAGGUGGAUGGAUUGCUCGCCUAUUGGAUCGCUCUCGGAGCCGCCAAACCUGCCAUCUAAGCUUCAGUGUCAUCCUCGGAUUCGACUUACUGGUAGAUCGGAAGAUCAAGCAGAUGGUGCGAGCGUGGAGUUCAAGCGUGCAUUUCCAAUGGAAGAGACUCUACAUCAGGAUUCAGUCGAUCCUUUCCAGGGAGGCGGUGUCGCCAGAUUGGUCCAGCUCAGUAGCCAGACACACCGCGCUCCAAUGUCGGCUACGGAGAAGAGUAAUCCGGCUGUGGUCAACGUAGAACGGAUGUGUCCGAUGAACGCCUCGGAUCGCCAGGCGCACUAUCAGGGCGAAUACGGAAGAACCGCUUAUCACAACGGCUCAAUUCGAUCGAAAUCGGCUAGGUGUGCCGAGCGCUCCGUCAUGGGUAGCAUGUAG